AUGUUGCGCAUUGUUUUGGCAAUAUUUUCGGCGCUGCCUCUGGUCUUUGCACAGACGAAUUACUGUGCCAAUAGCCUGUGCGGCACCGCGACGCACAUUGCAUGCAACAACAAUGGGGCCUGGGACGCCAGCUGCCCGACAAGUCCGGCGCCCUUUGUUAUCGACAUGAAUCUGGACCUGAGGCAACUUGUGGUGCGGCUGCAUAACGUCAGGCGCAACAAUCUGGCUCUGGGCAAGGUGGCCAAUUACGGGCCAGCCCGUAGAAUGGCCACCAUGCGCUGGAGUCCAGAGCUGGCCACGCUGGCAGCCCUGAAUGUGCGCCAGUGCGCGAUGGAGCAUGAUGCUUGCCACAAUACGAACAAGUUUAAGGCCAGCGGCCAAAACUUGGCCAUGAUUUCCUACACGGGCGCACAGGCGAGCCGUACCAACGCGGACCUGCUCACCUCCUCCAUCAACAGCUGGUGGAGUGAGCUCAAGAAUGCGAACAUGGUGGUUAUCAACAGUUAUCCAAGCAGCUGGAGCGGAGGUCAAAUUGGCCACUUUACUGCCAUGGCCCAGCAGGCGAACAUUGCCGUUGGCUGCGCUGCCGCCAGAUAUGUCAAAGGCGGCUGGAAUAAUUUCCUCUUGGCCUGUAACUAUGCUACCACAAACUGGAUCGGCGAACCUGUCUACGUACGUGGACCGACAGCUGCAGGCUGCAAUACGGGCACAAAUGUCAACUAUCCGGGUCUCUGCAAGGUGGCCGAAGUCUACAAUGUCUAG